AUUAGAAUAGCCAAUGUAUGAUUAGCAUAUGAUUGAUAAAUUAUUGCGGUGUUCAAUUUGUUGCUAAUAAUUUAGUCAGCCAGUAACUUUAACAUGCGGACAUACUUAUUGUUUUGAUUGCAUGUAUAAGUCAUUAUGCACAAUGCCUCGUUGCCCAUUAUGCAGGUAUUUGUAGUAUUUUACAAAUUAGAUCUUACAUAUAAACAUCCCCUAAUAGUUUUAAAGUAAACAUAAUAAUUCAUACAAUAAUAAGAAGCUAAAAUCGCCCUCCAGAACAAGAUGAAUAAAAAUAAUAGUAAGUUGUCUCAGCUAAUCAUAUACUUCUUAAAACAACACAAGAUUUAUUCCCAUAUGCAUAUUUGAAACUACAAAUACUUAAAAUACCUGAUAGCAAUUUGACAUGUAAUGAUUAUUUUGAUUGUUUCAACAAUGCCGAAGUUUAUUUGCAAAAUGAACUUUAAAAAGCUUAAUUUAAGGCAAGAAUUGACCGAGUUUCAAUAAUGAAUAAUAAUAUAUUCAUAUAUGCAUUUAUUUAGGAAAAAGUGCAAAAUUUAUAGGCAACACUUCAAGGAUUUAUUAUUGAUAGCGUUGAUUAAUUUGGAAAUAAAGAAAAAAAGGAAAUUAUACUUCCUGUUUGUUAAGGCAAAGUAGAAAUCGAAGAUAUUCUGAUACUUGAAGAUGAUUUGAUUGAGAUGAAUGAAAUCAGACAUAGAAUUAAAAUUACAAUUGAAAAAAUCUUUAAUAAACAUUAUCAUUUAGAUUCUAUUGAACAAGAAGUUUACUAAAAGUUACACUAAUGUUGGUAUAAGCUUUUAAUAUCUAAGUUUGUUUGAAUACUUGUAAGAAUCUGAUCCAAACAAUCUAAUGAAACUAUCUUAUUGCUUGCCAACAAUGCUUUCAAUUUCAAAUCAUCAAAAACAUCAAAUAAUAUCUUAGACUGUCCUAAAAAGAUUAAAACUGGCAGAAUAAAAUCUCAAUAAAUUAGCCCCCUUUAGACAUGGUGGGAUGAUAUUUGUGGUUCCAAAUGAUCAUCCUAAACCUCCAUUCACUUAAUUAAUAGUCGUCAUCAUUUUUAUAAUUCUUUAUUUUAUAUUUAUCAAUUGA